AAAAAAAAACCUUCUUUUAUGGAACGUGUCUCCCCGCCCGACUGAACGCGGGUACUAAAUUUGAAGAGAGCGCCAGCAACCGGAGUGCUGCUUGUGCGUGUCUAGACUCUAGACAGCAGCACAGCAUACCGACAAAGCUUUUUCUCAAGUCGACCCAACCAAGCCGAGAAUGGAAUCGUCCGUCAGCUCAGGCAGCCAGCAGUGUCUCAGUGGCAGCUGUCGUGAAAGGAACACCACGACGUCAAACAGCAUAGGGUACGACCGUAUGACGAGGAAGUCGGGCGAACGAUUGGAUAUUCGUGGGAUUUCGUGCUACCGUCUCCCUUUUCAGUGCAGUGCAGAGGUGCACUUUGGGAUGAUGUCCUGUAGUGACGUCGUGACACGCUUGUAGGUGUGAAAAAGUGUGAGGAUUUUCCGUGAGCGAUUGCUGCUCUUUUACGAUUUUUCUCCAACCAGAGAGAGAGAGAGAGAGAGUUUGGAUUACAUGAUUCCGGUGGCCAAGUGUGAGAGUUCGGUUUCAUCAAAGUAAAAUGGAAUACCUACCUGGGUGCUGGAGAAGGUGUGUAUUGGUAUGACCCCGCUGAGUACGAGGACGACGACUGAGGAAACUUACAUACGUCACGUAGCAAGAAGGAAAAGGAUUCGUCUGUUGCACUUCUUGGUGGCCUCUUGAGAGGGCUUCAGAUCAUGGUGUUGGUGUGUCUGCGACGAUGCUAGUGGUGUGUAUUAGUGCAUUCAGGAUGCGUUCUGCUCAGUAUUUAUCUGUGUAUAGGUAUUGGAAUAACAAGAAUUUUGAGGAAACGUGAGGAUAGGAAGAGGUAUUUCGGAGUGUUCCGCACAAAAAGGAUAACGAGAGUCUCUUGAAAAAGAAGUAACUUGGUGAAAAUAUGUUCGCAGCAGAAAGGUUUUUCACUUUUUGAUCCGAAGAGCGCGUUUCUGCUAGUUCUUCAGCUGUGUUUCUACCGUGCACAACUAUAAUCUCGGGCUGUGAAGGAUCGUAGUCGCAGGAAAUAGACCGCAAUUUUCCAAAGGAUAUAUCAAGUUUCUUCACAUCAUCAGUGUCUAAAGAAAACCACCAAAAGGAAUAAUUACCGUAGAUCGUUAUCUACUUUGUUGCAAAUUGACGGAAAAUUAUUUGCUUCCCACCACCCACACUUUCAGUGUCGUUCCAAUACACUGUGGGUGGCACUCCCCUUCCGGAAAAAAACGCAACGGAUAGUGCAAACCGAUCCAUAUCACCAGAGUUCAUUCGGGUCUUGAAAGUUUAUGUUCCAGUGAUUUUCAAUAGCCGCCAGUCACUCAAGAAAAAAAAAAAUGUGCGGCACCCCACCAAAAGAAGAAAAAAAGUGGUAGAAAAAAGUUCAGUGUUUGAUAACCUUAGUUGUGUGUGAGUGAGCGAGAGAAAAUCAAAACCACCGCCCACCACCCACUCGCAAGACUGUGCUGAGGAAGGAUAAGCAGUUGACGAGUGUGGGUAACAACCCCGUUGCGGUGUGAGAAAUCCCGACUCCAAACUGUUUGCGGGGAACAAGUCAACUGAAUUAUUCACUCCGGUGAAAAUCGCUUUUGUGCUGCCUGAACGACCACUUUGCUUCGGGCAAACUGUGCCAACCCCGACGCACCUUCACAUUCCCCCAAAAACUCCCUCAAACCCCCCCCCCCCCCCCCUAUCCCUGGUGGGUCAGGAUCAGAGGGUAAAGUGCCAUCAUCCCUACAUAUACUCCACAAACAACCUCGUCGUCGUCGUCGGUUGGAUUGGAAGUUGAAGUGAAUUUGUCAACUGGGUUUCUCUCUCGUUCUCGCUCUCACUUCCGCGCUCCCUCUCACUCGAUCAACACACAAUCUUCUCAAUGUGAUAAAGUGUAGUGUAAAUAAGCUUUCACCCCUCAUGUAAACCAUCAUCAUCGUGCAGCAGUGUUACCGGACCACACACCACCCGCCGCGUUUCUCAUCCGAGUUCAGUGUGCCCUCACAUCUCCCCUCACUCUGCUCAGAAGCUUGCUCGGAAAAUGCGUUUGUGCGGAUUUUCUCCGGAAUCGCACCAUCGAUUGAUGGUAUCGCGGAAAAGAAAAUCCAACUGCAUCUCCCUGUGUUGAGAAACUCGUCUCGGAAGAUCUAAAGAAUACAUAAAAAAGUGUGGGAAAAUCAAAAUGGUGCACUGAAAAAAAUGGAUAUCAAAAGUGUUCCAAUUUCAAGAUAAUUCAAUCAAAUCAAACCAAAGGAAUUAAACCAAAAAUAUCAGUGGUGACGCACUGAAGAAACCGGUCCAAAGAGACGACUCCUGUUAGGUUUGUUGCAAUUGAAAUACACAAUCAGCAACUAAACUACUCGUCAAGAACAAAACCAAGAAGAAACCACCAUCUCUCAGCAGCUCACAAUGGAAUGGUUACCUCGUGGAUUGACGAACAUUCACACGCCAAUUCCCGUUCCUGUUCCCUCAAAGUUGACACAGAAGCGUCCAGUCACGAGCCCAGCGCCGCCAAUUCCUUCGCCCCAGCUUCCCUCGUUGCAUCAUCCGUCUUCCGUUUCGCCGCACUCUAAUCAUAUAGUCGGUUCGAAUCAUCUGCCACCGGGCGCCACAGGAUCGCUGCCACCUGGUGCACAACAUCCGCAACAUUCAGGAGGGACUCCCGUCGGUGUGGUGCAACCUUCACCUAAUCAAUCAGUGCAGAGCGCUUCGGCAGCCGGCGGCGUGGCUAACAGCGGCAAUGGCCGGGCGUCGUUCGCUGCGGCGUUGCGUAACCUGGCCAAACAAGCCGACGCCAAGGAUGACGAACCGGGUGGAGGUGGAGGCGGCGGUGGAGGAGGUCCCGGCGGCGGAGGCGGAAACGAUGGCCGUGGUCCUCCGGAUGGUCGAGGACGGGACUCGGUCGGUGGCAUGGAUCGUCGCGAGAUGAACGACUCCCGGGGCAGUGCUAUGUCGGAGAGUCGGGUGAGGAGUGCGGACGUCGCUCGAGGUGGCGACCCCAAGAAGCGCUCCUCGCCUCAACCACCGGAGAAGAUACAAAGGCUCAAUCCCCCAAGCUCAUCGGCGAUCCCUUCGGAGCUGUUGGCACGCAGUGGAUUCCAACCGUACAGGCCCGACGAACGGCUCACGCAUCCGGCGGGGUCAUUUCCCAUGGAUGCUUAUGCCGCUGCCGCAGGGUUCGGAUCGAUACCGGGAAUGCCGCCAGGUAUGUUAGGCAAUCUGUUUAAUCCAGCCGCGCUAGCCUACCACGAUCCGGCCAUCUAUUUGGAUCCGCGGUUCCAGAUGCUGCGAGCAGCCAACCAUCAUCCGGCGGCAGCUGCGGCAGCUGCAGCAGCCCAUCCGCUGUACUCUUCGCUACCAUAUCCACCGAACCUGUACGCCGGUAUGAUUCCGGGCAUGGGUCUUGGAGCGGCCAGUAUCCAUGAACAUCUGAAGAUGGAGGAAGAGCGUCGGGCCCGGAUGCGUGAAGAGGAACAACGAGCCCGGGAAGCUCGCGAGGCGAUAGAACGAGAGAAAGAGUUGCGAGAACAAAGGGAACGAGAGCAGCGUGAGAAGGAACAACGAGAGAAGGAAGAACGUGAGCGACGAGAGAAAGAACAGCGAGAAAAAGAGCAAAGAGAACGCGAAAUGCGAGAGAAGGAAGAACGCGAGAGAAGGGAGCGCGAACGAGAAAGAGAAAGGGAACGAGAGCGAAUGAUCGCAGCCUCUCAACAUUUGAUACAUCCUCUACAGCGACAGUUUUACCCGAUGGGCAUGCCACCUGGAUUGCCUUCGCCGUUGGGUCUUCCGAUGAGAUCUCAAGGACCCUUACAGAUGCAAGGACUGGGUUCUCCACAUCAUGGAUUACACCCAUCGCUAAGUCUCGGAAUGGGGCUAGGUUUACCACAAGUGCCACAGGGUUCACCAUCGUCCUCGUUGAAUCUAUCGCAUCCUUCGGCGGCCGGACUUGUUCCACAGCCACCGACGAGUCUAGGGGGACAUUCUUCGAUCCCCACAAGCUUAGCAGUAGCGUACAGCCAUAGUUUAGCUCAAUCAUCGAUCAGCUCCAGCUACAUGAGUAGCUUGAAUCUAUCGCAUGCGGGACUGCCAGGGGCCCAGAACCUUAGCCUGAGCCACAUUCCUCCAGCACACGGUUCACUGAAUCUUUCGACGAAUCCUUCGGCCAGUGCACAACAACACAGCUCCGGUCCGCUAUCACUGUCUACAAAAUCUCAUUCAAGUCCGCUAUCAACUCCAAUCAGCAGUGCCGCUUUGCCGCCGCACCAUUCUCAUUCACAUCCGUAUUAUUCGUCACCUUCGGUACAUUCGUCAAUUCCAGCUGGCAGUCCGCUGUCCUUGAGCAGCAAAUCCGGCAACAAUAUCAGCCGGACGGCAACGCCACCUACCAACAACAACAACAGUGGCAACCCAUCAGCAGCUCCUACAUCCCAAUCAUCAGUUCCUUCUUCUCUGGCUCAGGCCGGAUUAUCUGUAAAUAGUACAAACGUCCCUAGUAUUAAUAAUCACCAUCCCCAUUCACAUCCGCUCAGUCGGCAGAGCUCCCCACAUUCUGCGGGAGCUCCAUCACUUCCCCAUCCACACAACGCACCAGCACCAGCGGCAGCCAAACCAUCCAUCACGGUGGCGCCUCCCUUAGCUCCAGGACCACCAGUGAUGGAUCCAACGUCAUCGAAUAUAAUCAAAACAGACUCCUCGAAACAGCUUCCGAUCAGGCCGGUUACCGAAGAGCGAAACUCUCCCCAGGCGGCCAUCAACGCUGGAAAGCCCGAACACGAUAGUAAUGGAGCGCCGUCUUCAAAUUCAUUGGGUCCUUCGGGCGCUGUCGCUUCAGUUGGGGAUGAUGUGAAACGUGGUUCACCUCCUCAAGCCAGUACACCAAUUUCUGCUAACACAAACACAAGUGCUGUUGCUACAGCCGAAGGAAGUCCGGUGAACCCGAAACGGACCGAUUCUGCUGGCCCAACAGGCUCAGAACAAUCGGAAGGUGACCUGAAGAAAUCACCACUAAAUGGUGGAGGAAACAACAGCAACAGUGGAGCCGUCGGUAGUCCAACUGAGACAGGAACACCACCGAUGACAGGAGGCACAGGAGCGACACCCGUCAGUGGUUCUCAAUCUACACCAUCAGGUAAUAGCAAUAAUACUGAUAUAAGCAGUAAAGUAGAACAAACGAUGGAAGUUGAGGGUGGAGGCGACGCUGAAGUCCCAAAAGAUAGUUCGGAAAAUAGUUCUACCGAAAAGCAGAAACCUAACGCUAACAACAGUGGUAGCAAUACGACCCUCGUUACCACCACUGGAACAAAGUGAAGCGUGCUACGCAAUUCUGAUUUGUUUCUAUUCUUUUAACCGUAAGAAAGUGAUGGAAAUAAAUAGACGCCUAUCUGGGCUUAGUACACUUUGGGGUGAUUGUUCACCCUUGGUAUUUCUUGUUUUGUCACGUACAAGAUCAAAAUUCGUUUAUAGAAGUUUAUGGAUAAAAAUUUAAACUACUGAUAUAAAACGGCUGGCUGAAAAUUCUCAUUUCAGUCUAAACAAAGAAAUUAUCUUAAUUAGCUGUGUAAGUUAAAGAGCUAAAGAGUAAUACUAAAGGUUGAAAAAGGUUCAAUAAAAUAAAUCGUCUAUCCCAGCUAUUUUGUAAGGUGACAUGUGCGUAAGCAUUCGAAAGGUGAACAUUUUUUUCUCUAUGACUUAUUCGGUAAAAUCCAUUAGCUUGUAAUUUGUCUAGAAGGAAUAAAUUAUGUGUUUACCAUUAACACUAUCUUAUACUUUCUACUAUAUUGUGUCAAAUGCGUUGAUUCGUAUCCCAAAUCGAUUGGUGGCUAUGCGCUUGUUUAGAACAUUCAAUCAAUCAAAUGCAUCUGAUGUGUUACGUUAAGUUUACGAGAAACUCUUAAUCCCUUAAUUGCAAAGUGAAUGUAUGUGGUGCUAGACACACUGCCACCUGGUAGAGUGGUAUCUUCUAUCGAAACUAGGCAAUCAAAACGGAAACGCACAAAUUGCACCCAACAAAUACAGUAAUCAAAACACUUAGCAAUCACGCGUAGCAAGUAACAAAAGAUAAAACAAGCGAAUAAAUCCGACCAAUGUGACAGCCUAACUUAACACCUUACCUACAAAAAACGAUUGAAAUACAAUCAACAACAAAAAACUAGAGAUUAGUUCUCGAGGCGGCGUUGCGUUAAUUUAGUUAUUGCUUAGCUUUUAUUUAGUUACUUAUAUUAUAAUUUCUCCUUUGAAAAAUCAUUGUAACGCUCUAUUACUAUUACUAUUAUUACUCGUUUAUGUUUAUGCAAGUUUUAGUUUGUAGAAAGAGAAUGAAUUUAAAAUGAACGAGAUCAAGAAUGGAAUAGAAAAAAAACGUACAACUUUGUUUGAAUGAAUUCGCGAGACUGCGUGAGUAAGCAUUAUGAUUAUGAAAACAACAGUAGAUUACAGAUGAUCAAUGAGGACAAUUAAUGGAAACAAAAAUCGACGAAAUAAGCAUUGUGCAGGUGGAAAUAAUUUACUUUAGUUAGUGGUAACCAAUACUAGGUUAGUGAAAAUAAAAUCUAAAAGAAAAACUAUACUAAAAAUGGUAUACUUAUCAACACAAAAAAAAAAACAAA